UCAACAGCUGUUCUGUGCUUGCGUGUUUAUUUGAUCAAAAUAUUAUUUUUUUGGUGUCGUAGCUUGUUUCCUUUUGUGUUCCCAUUUUGAUUUAAGUCAUUUUUAUUCGGUAAAAACCGCAGCAAAUCCAUAAUGGCAGUCCUACCGCCAGAUCCAGUAUUUAAUUUACGAAACAUCGAAAUGGGUCCGGUGAACUGUGUCUGCUUUCACCAAGCACAGCGUCUGUUUUGUGGAACAGCAAAGGGAGCUGUUUAUCUUUGGGAUCUGCAGACGAAUCGUUCACCAUUACACUUCACCGUUGGUUCAUCGACCGCACCGGUAAAUUCCAUUUCACAUCUACCUGAAACGUUAUUCACCCAACAGAAAGGUGGAAUUGUCAAGGCGUGGCAGAUAACUGGUUCUGGCUACGUACUGGCCACGACCAUUGACACAAAGCACAUCGGCUACUGUCGAUUCAACUUCCAUCUCGAAGACAAUCUAAUGAUUUGUCCGAAGGACGAAAACUCCAUUGGCAUUUACAAUACCGACAAUUUUAGUUUACAAACAACGCUAUUGGGUGCCGAUGCCGGCCUCAAAUUGGGACAGAUUAUGUGUUUCAAGCAUAUCGAAAUGUCGGGACAGCGAUACAUUCUGGCUGCGUACGAAUCCGGUGACUUUUUGACGUGGGACCUGCGAACCGGUAAAGUACUGCACAACAUUACACUGGAAGAGUGCCCGAUGGCUCUCGAUUUCGAUCCAAUAUCGAAUCGUGGCAUUUAUGGUGGGCCACACGAUCAGUUGGGAGUGUUUUCGUAUUCGCGGAAUACGAGCGAGUUGAUUAAACGGGGCGUCAUUGGACUGAAGAACAAUGGCAUCAAUUGCGUCAGCAUUCGAAAAGACCAAAAAGUAUUCUGUUCGGGUGGAUGGGACGGCAGAAUUCGAAUUUUUUCCUGGAAAAGUCUGAGGCCGUUGGCCGUUUUAACUGAACAUAAGGCUGCUGUCGUAGACAUUUCUUACUCAAAUGACAAGGUACAGUUGUGGAAUGCCCCGAUAAUGGCUGCGUCCGGAUUGGAUGGACAAAUAUCGUUGUGGAAUUUGUACAAUUAAAAGACUGAUGAUUCGACUGUUUUGAUCAAGUGAAACUAUUGAUAAAUGAUGAUGAACCAUCACAAGCAUUGCAUCGGGAGUGAGUGCUCGAAAUUACGGCACAAUUUUUGAAGUGCAGCUUCUUCAUUUUGUUUGUUAUAUAAAUUUUGUUACGGACGCUGAGGUACCUUCAAAAUGUUUAUUGAAUAAAAUUGUUUAUAAAAA